UAGGUGGGACUGCCGAGCGGUCUGCUGCAGGACGUCGUAGAUCAAUGAACCGGACCAGAGGGUUGGUCCAUCGCCUGGUGUGCAUCUGACUGUAUAGAUGUGUCAGUAUACCUAUGCAGGACCGAGGCUUUGAUACUGUUAAUAACAAGCCUAUUCAGAAUGCGGAUGUUUUAAACCCGACCGGUUACAUUACAGGCUCCUCUCACCGCUCGGAUCCCGUCUCUUUAAACUGGCUCAUCGCUGCGAUUUUUUUUUUGGAGGGGGAAAUAAAAUAUCUGUAACCUCCAGGAUGAUCUUCGCAAACACAGGCAACCCACUGAAGACAGCCAAUCGUAAACAGUCAUACCCCAUGACUCCGUCCAGUCCCAGCAGCAGCAGCAACAGCAGCAGCACAGGCCUGGAGCAGCUCAGCAAAACCAACCUGUACAUCCGCGGCCUGCCUCCUGCCACUACAGACCUGGACCUGGUCAAACUCUGCCACCAGUAUGGUAAGAUUCAGUCCGCAAAGGCGAUCCUGGACAAGACGACCAACAAAUGUAAAGGUUACGGCUUUGUGGACUUUGACAGCCCUGCAGCUGCUUUGAAGGCAGUGCACGCUCUGAAAACCAGCGGCAUACAGGCCCAGAUGGCCAAGCAACAGGAGCAGGACCCCACGAACCUGUACAUCUCCAACCUGCCUCUCUCAGUGGAUGAGAAGGAGCUGGAGAACAUGCUGCAGCCGUUCGGCCAAGUCGUCUCCACACGGAUCCUCCGAGACUACAGCGGAAACAGCCGAGGAGUGGGCUUUGCCAGGAUGGACACCACCGAGCAGUGCAACGCCGUCAUCUCCCACUUCAAUGGAAAAUUUAUUAAGAUAGCUUCUGGAACUCUGGCUCCCUCUCAGCCCUUGCUGUGUAAGUUUGCAGACAGUCAGAGGAAGAAACAUGCUCACAGCGGGUUCAUUCCCAACGGACAGACAGGAGAUCUCAGACUAGGUGCAAUGACUCUUACUUAUGACCCAUCAUCAGCAGCCAUACAGAAUGGGUAUUAUUCUUCUCCGUAUCCAGUGACCAACAGGAUAAUGGCCGUGCAGCCGGCCAUGUCUCCCUACAUGUCUCCUGUCUCUGCUUACCAGGUUCAGAGUCACUCUUGGGUGGCACAUCAACCAUAUAUCAUGCAACACCCGGCUGCUGUGAUGUCUCCCUCUGUGGAUCCCUCCAUGUCACUGCACCCCUCAGCCAUGAUUACUCAGCAGAUGGGGCAGCUGUCUCUGGGAAACAAUGGAGGGUAUAUUUCAGCCAACCCCGGUGUCCAGGGAGCUUACAUGCCUCAGUAUCCUCCCAUGCAAGCAGCACCUGAAAAUGGCACGCCGCAGCAAGUGGAUUCUUCCAACAACUCCUCUCCUUACAGUCAGCUCAGCAAGUAACCACAGGCUGUUAACCGCUCUGUGAGCCUGAGGGCAGGUGGGAAGCUGCUGAUGACAUCACCGCGAUGACGUCACCGCCUUCUCUGUUUGGACCAGAUACAUGAACUAUUUUGCACAGCCCCGACGUUUGUGGUGGAAAAUGAGGACAAUGUCAAUGGACUCAAGCAGCUGGUUUAUCACAGAAAACAAACACAAAAAAAAAAAACAACGAAAAACAAGAUUUAUUUUGGUAAGACACCACACGCUCUUCUUUUUCUCUAUUUUCAAGGAUUCUCAAAACAAAUGCCAGAGGACCCCCUCCCCCCCCUCCCCACCCCCCAACCUCCACCUUCACAACCCAACCCCUAUACCCCACAGUAUGAUGUGAUAUAGAAAUGCAUGAAAUUGAGGAACCCACCCCCCUCCCUCACAGUUUCUUUGGUUUUUAUAGCUCCUUUAUUUGUGAUGUAUGAAAAACCUUGCAAAAACUUGUUUGCACUGAAGUUUAAAGAUUCCGAAAAGCUUCAUCGUGGUUUCAAAAGUUACCACAGUAAUAGUUUGAAAAAAAAACAAAAAAACGAUUCAUGUUCAACUGCAUUUAUGAUGACACACGUGACCAUUUCAUUAGGAUUAAUGAAUUUAUCAUUGGAAAAUGGUGCCUUCCUUACGUCACAUCAAACAUCCUCUGACAUGUUUUCAUUGAACUUGAUCAGGUGUCAUAUUUCUAUCUGAUUAAUCAAAUGUGCGAGUGAAAUCAUGAGAUUAAUAUCAAGUGUUUCGCUAUCUCAGUCUUCUGGUAGCAAUAAAGACAAUGAGAGUCCCAGGGCAAUACUGAGAAAAAAAGAAAGGUGACAAACUCAAAGCAAGGUAAUUCCUUAUUUUCACUCUUUCCUUUUUUUAAACUUCAAGGUGUGACAUAGAAAAAAAAAAAGAGCCGUACUUUUAUGAAACAACAAGUUUUACACCCUACGGACAUCUUUUAGGAGGGUUUUUUUUGUUUUUUACUCUUGUGGUCGGUGUGACCAGUGAUCUACCUCAUGGUUCUGCUGGAGUCUGCUGGUGUUUGUUGUGGGGUUUGCAGGUAAAGCCCCUCUUUUUCACUACAGUGGAUGAAGCAGAACAAAAAGAAAAAAGCCACGCUCAGGAGCUGGCUAAAUAGGACUUCUGCCGUUUGUCUCCAACAUGCAGCGUCUCUCUUCCUGAUCUGCAAAGAAACAUUGUACUCUGCUUUACCUUCAAUUUGUCUUUGCUUCUGUUCUGGUAUUUCUUUUCCCCCACAUGAUGAGUGUUGUUCAGUUGUUAGGCUCUAUUUUAGAGAUUCAAUCUAUUAGCUUCUCCCUAAAAUAGUUGGUUUACAAUGUGCUUGAAACAGAUGAUUGCAGACUACAUGUGUGUACUUGGUGCAUUUCUCUGCCUUUGCCCUUCUAGACAGAUUGAGAUGACUCAACACUUUACCUUCCCCUUUCUUUAUUUCUUUGAAAAAAAUGAAAGUCACUCUGUCGGGUUACACUGCUAUUGUAAAGCUCUCCAAAAGUUAUGCAAAAAUCUGACUAUUUGGUUGUACAGUGGCUUCAUGGCAGGACACGAUGAAAAACUAAGUCUCAAAUAUGAACUCAUGCAAUAGAAAUGCAACAAUCAUGGAUGAAGUACUUCUAAAGCUGCAGUAUUUCAUCAGAAGUGGAUGAAAACAGCGUGCGCUUCAAAGGUCCGCUGUUUGGAAUAAGAUUUGUAAAUUAUAAACAUCCAGGGCCAAAAGUGAAAAAAGUAAGAUGUAUUGUUUGAUUUGCUAUUUUGUCUUUAAUUUGAUGAUUUCAAGAGUAAGAACUGAAAAUGUGAGACAAGAAAAAUGCUCAAAGCUGUACGGUCGGUCGCGGUGCUUUUCCUCGAUCUAUAGUACUGUAGCAGUAAACGCUCACCAUCGGAAAAAUACAAGCAGUAAUCCAGUUUUUACUGGGUGUACUUUCCCAUUCUGAAUUUUUGCUGCUCAAAAAAAAAAAAAGGAAAAAAAAAAAGAAAAAAAUCUUGUACAUGUUAUCCCCAUUGCUUCCCCUUUCACCUUCAACUGAUUCUCAAAUGAUCUUCUCCUUGCUCUCUCCUUUGAAAACAUUGGAAUAACAACAGUGCUGAAUAAAAGGCUCUUCUCUUUCUCACAAACCA